AGCCUCAAUAUUCUUCAGUAUAAAAUAUAUUUUUAUAUAUAAAGAGUGUAUCCUGUUACACUGACUUCCCACCUGAAAUUUUUGUAUUUGCAUUUUUAUUGCGUUUGAGCAACAUUCUGUCACAAAAUUUGACAUGGCCAAAUUUACUCAAAUACAACUACAGAUAAAUUUUAUACAUUGCUCUUCGAAUGAUUUCAUCACUGCAGCUUCAGAGUAAAGUCGACAACGUUUGUUUUGAAGGUAACACUUGGAAUAAAAAUAUCCUUAAAUUUUCAUCGCUGGUAUUUGUUACCACUUAUUAAAUCAUUUCCUUUUCACUGAUGUUGUUGAUUAAUUGACCACGGUGGCAUAUUCAUCUUGAAGAAAAUACGCUUUUUUUAUGCUUUGCACCCUCGUCGUGUUUGCACACUAACGCUUUGAAGCAAACAGCUGCCAACAGAGUCCGCCAAAUGACAAUUAUUCCUAUUGACAGGAACCUCGUUUAAUCAGCGUAACAUUUCCGGUGACUCUUUGGAGAGACGGAUGAUUUUGAAAACAAAACUAAAGCUCAAAGGUUGAAGACUUUUCAACUGAAUAUAUAUUAAGGUAGGUGUCUACUUUUCUUUACUUUUUAUUUUUUUACCCUAAACGAAAAGCGAUUGCUUCCGUUUGUUACUGAUUGUGGAAAGAAAUAUCAUAGGCAGGGAACAGGUGCAAAUUACUACUUCAUGCAUCUUCGAUGGCUGAUAUGUCCUCAAACAAAAAGAGAAACAUCAAAAACAUAGGAAGUUGAAUAAAGAAGAAUAUCUCGUCGAUCCUAUUUCUCCUCGAACCAGCAACAUGAAGAGAGAGUGGGUCACAUAAACAUCAGCAAGGAAUCUAUUUAUCUGAAACUGAACUCACGCUGAGCAUUAUCCAGAACAGAAACCUCUUUGUUUCACGAUGACAUUUCAGUCCAACCUUUGCGAACAAGUAUGGGCGCCAUUAACAACUUCUGUUACUACAACGACCGUAUCUGCUAUUCUGUGUAUCAUAACAGUACCUGGUAACUUACUUAUUUGCUGGGCUGUAAUUUGGAAUCCAACAAGAAACCUAAAGACUCCAUUCAAUUACCUGGUUCUUAACCUCGCCAUUGCAGAUUUGAUUGUCGGAGCAGUGACAGAGCCAGUGUUUGUAGGCUAUCACGCAAACGAGGCUCUAAAACACCCUGUGCUGGGUGUACGAUGGGUGGUGUACACCUCAUAUUUUAUGACUUCAACAGCAUCUGUCUUGAGCUUAAUGGCUUUAGCGGUCAACAGGUAUCAAGUAGCGACUUCAAACCGCAUCGAAAGAGGCAAGAUUUCCAGUGCAGUUGCCACAUCUGUGGCUUUGUGGAUAUGUUCUCUCAGUCUUCCUCUUCUCUACCUGGCUGUUGGCUUCUACCUACUGGCCUUCAUAUUUGCCAACACAGCCGUUGUGGUCAGCAUUGGUGUCCUCUUAUUCGUUAACUACCGGAUCUAUCACAGUCUCCAAGAACACGACAAGAACUCUGAGCACAUUCGAAGCAGCCGGGACCGACAGAAACAUAUGAAACGAGAAAAGAAGAUCACAGUCUCGUUUCUCUUAAUAAUCAUCUCGUUUUUAACUUGCGCUGUACCUUCCCUAGUGAUGAUCUAUGUCAUCAACUUGUGCAGCACGUGUAACUGUGUUCUUAUUCACUGGUUCAGAGAUUUGCAAUACCUGUUCCUUUUGCUCAAUUCUGCCACUAAUCAGUUUCUUUACGCUUGGCGAAUGCGCUCCUUUCGGGCAGCAUUUAGAACAAUUCCUGUAAUACAGUGGCUUACAAGACCAUUUACUGGAAACAAAAUUGAUCAGGCUUGUUCGCAGACGGAUACCCUCUCAGGUACAGCAGUCAGACAGGUGGAUCACGAGAGUGGAAGAAAAUUGCCUUGAAUUUGCAACGACAGGCGGAUAGACGACAGAGUCCCCAAAACAAACUGAUUUUAUUGCACUAAGCAGCACAUCAAAACUACAACUUGGCCAACCACACAAGCUGCCUUACGUGAUCCACGAGGCGGGAACUAGACUAGCACUUUAUGUAAACAUACUCGUUACAGAAUUGAGUUCGCUAAACACUUUUUUACACGCCACUUAAUUGCAAGUCCGAGCGCACACACACUCAGGGGUGACGGGCAAAAAUUUCUAUCACUU